UUGACAAGAACUUUCAAAUCCCUAGUCCCCUUUCUCAAUUGCGUUUGAGAGAGAAGGAGAGGCUGUGACGGUAGCAGUGCCACCACCGUGACAGUGCAACUGUGCGCGAAGGAGCAGGGAUAUCGGAGAUGAGAGUGUGAGAGACAGAGAAGGGAGGGAGAGAGGAACGUAACCAACAACCACUACUCAGAGGCUGAAGUUUCGACAUUGUUGACUUAAACAAUGGGGUCCAAUUCGUUGAAGGAUUAUCUGAAAAGGUACGAAAGUAACACUGAAGAAGAAAAGAAGAAAAAUAAGAAGAAGAAGCAGAAGAAGAAAAGUCAACCACAAGCCACUGGCUUAUUAGUUGUGGAUGAAGAUCCCACAUGGCAGAAACCCAUAGAUCUUGGAGAAGAAAACAAUGAUAACUCAUCAGAUGAGGAGAAGCCACUAAUUGAUGAAGACAUUGAAGUGAAGCGUAUGAAAAGGCUUGAGCAGGUGAGGGCCAGACGUCCUUAUCAUGCUAUAUCUGAGGAUGGAAGUGGUUGGGUUUCACUUUCUUCUAACUCAGAAAAUCCUAUUAACUCAAUCAAUGAUAUGUCUCCACCUCGUAAAAGAAAGGGUGCUGAUUUAUCACCUCAUCAACAGCUGAAACGCAAUGACACCCCAUCACCAGAUUAUGGGACUUCUGAUUUGCAAGACAUAUCUCCACCUCGACGACGAGGCCGUCAUGAUUCUCCCUCUCAAGAUGCUUUACAUGGAUCUGUGGCAUCAGACCUUUCACCCCCAAGGAAAAUCCAGAAGAAUGCUCCAAGACCGGGUUUGUCUAAUAUUUCUCACUCUCGUUCACCUCAACAUCUCUCUCCACCUCGACGAGGUCGUCAUGAUUAUGAGACUUCUGAUUUGCAAGAUAUCUCUCCACCUAGACGAGGUCGUCAUGAUUCUCCCUCUGAAGAUGUUUCACAUAGAUCUGUGGCAUCAGACCUUUCACCCCCCAGGAAAAACCAGAAAAAGGUUGAAAGAUUAGGUUUAUCUGAUCUUUCUCACCGCCAUUCACCUCAAGAUCUCUCUCCGCCACGACGAGGUCGUCAUGAUUCUCCUUCUCGAGAUGCUUUACAUGGAUCAUCAGUAUCAGACCUUUCACCCCCAAGGAAAAUUCAGAAGAAUGUUGCAAGACUGGGUUCGUCUGAUCUUUCUCGCCAUCGUUCACCUAGUCCUUCAGUUAAAGUUGUUUCACAUCCAUCUUUGGAUCGUGACCUUUCUCCACCAAGGAAAAAUCCCAAGGAGUUGUCCAAUCCUGCUGGUAAAACAGGUUUAAUUUCUGGUAAGGAUAUCAGGGACGAGAUUGACAGAAAGAAGAGGGAUGAUAUGUUGAGAUUCAAACAGAUGGACCCUUCCAUAAGUGGGCGUGGUGCUGAACCUGUAUAUCGUGAUAAAGUAAAAGGAGUACGCAUUUCGAAGGAGGAAUACUUGAAAUCAAAACAGAAAGUAGAAGAAAAACCCAAGGAGAUAGAAAUAGAAUGGGGCAAGGGCUUAGCUCAAAAGCGUGAAGCUGAGGCUAGGCUAAAGGAACUAGAACUUGAGAAGGAGAAGCCUUUUGCACGGACCAGAGAUGAUCCUGAACUAGACAAAAUGCUGAAGGAGAGAUUAAGGUGGGGUGAUCCUAUGGCACAUCUGGUAAAGAAAAAAUAUCCAGAGCCUGUUCUUCCGAACUUGGGGGAAAAUGAAAAGAUGAAGGAAUCGGGUUUUGUAAUCCCUCAGGAUAUUCCGAAUCACAGCUGGUUAAAACGAGGUUUAGACGCUGCUCCAAAUCGAUAUGGAAUAAGGCCUGGACGACACUGGGAUGGUGUUGAUCGUAGUAAUGGGUUCGAAAAGGAUAUGUUCAAGAGAACAAAUGAGAAGCAAGCUAGAGAUAGAGAAGCUUAUCUUUGGUCUGUGUCUGAUAUGUGAAAAGUGGCAGUAUAACGAUGCAAAGGAGUAUUCAGACUCUCAUUGGGAGGCAUGUCUGUAAUGAUAUGGAUUUUGAGGGAUUGUAAUGUUGAUAUGUCCAUUGGAAAUAUUCUUGGAUCCAUCACUCUAGGGGUAUUUAUUGGGAAAAUUUACCUGCCCUGGUUAUAUCCUCUGUGUCGCUAGUCUUAAAUAUUCAGAUCCUGCAAAUAAAUGAGGAUAAGUUGUUAGCCUACACAGUUUCAUGUUGAAGACAACACAUGGGAAAAUCUCCAAUUGUUUUGGUCACCCAUGACUUGCUUGUGAUACUGGCUAGUUUUUCAGAGUAUAUUAGAGUUUGUUCCAAAUAAUUUAGACCAAUUUAUUUAUUCCUGUAGCUCAAAAAGUGACUGUCUUUUUGUGUUUCA